AGCGCAUUUAAUGGUGGCUGAGCUAUUCGGCUGUCGUAAUUUUUUGGCGCGGGUCAUUGUUAUGAUCAGAAGUUAUCUUCCGAUUGCGUUAAUGAUCAAUAUUUAAGCUUCUAUGAUGGAUUAGAAAAACAAGAAACUUUCAACAAAUAUUUAAAGUUCAUUUAACAAUCGUAACUUGCAAAAUACCCGAUUUAAAUUAUAGGGUUGAACAGAUGUAAUAAUGCAACUUCGGUAACCAUGAAUAGUGAUGUGCCCAGUGUUCCAAUUACAACACUAGCUGGCAUUCACAGUCUUACUGACCUCUUACCGGAGCUACCAUUGCCAACCCCAACAUCGUCCACCCCACACAACAAAACUCUGCUGCAUAAUGAUAAGCUGAAGGAGACAUCGAAGCGCCUGCUAGCGACGCGAGAUGCAGGACUCACACAGCAGAUAGUGGGCGUUCUUCGAAAGACAUCAACAGAACACUUGGAUCUGAAAGAUUCCUCAGGUGGGGAGGGAAUUGACAGAAGUUCUCCAGAGUUGCUAAAGUCUAUUUUAAGCCAGGAUCCAGCUAUUUUUCAAGGUCGACAGUAUUAUGAGAAUGGAUCACAAAAGGAUGGAUACAAUGUAGGGAAUCAACAUUACCAGAAUAAUUUAUUGGGUGUGGAUCCAAACAAAUACCAGCAUCCAUAUGGCAAUUACACUCCAGGCAUUGUAAAUGGCGAACAUCCAGAAUUAUCUAAUCAGUACCCAGGGUACCAGGGGGCCGCAAAAAGUCUGGGAACAAUUGCCUCACCAGCUCAGGGAAGUUUAGCAGAGAACUCCUUUUACAAUGAUUCACAGAACCACACAGAUGUCAAUAGUGCCUACCACAAGAAAAAACUCAAGAAUUCUGAACCGAUAGUACUCCUUGAACAGUUAACGAACCUACCACCUCACGCCUCGGGAGAUGCAUCAAGUACAGCCUCAGCUGAUUCCUAUGGAGAGAGAAAGAAAAAGAAGAGUUCUCAUCCUGUUGUGUUACUUGAACCUCUAGAUGAGCAGACUUUAAAGUCCAUACAGCAUGGAGGUUCAGUAAAAACAAAGGAAAGCAAGAAAAGAGCAGGAAGAAGGUACGACAGUGAUGAGGAGUAUGAUGACCGAGGCAAGCGGAGGAGACGUCACAGUGACAGCGACUCCGACUCCCAGGCGGAAGUUUCAAGAAAGAAGAAGAAGGACAAACGGCACCGGCGUGUGAACCAGCAGUCGCUGUCCGUUGAGGAGUUACUGGAGAGUCCGACCUUCAAGAAGUUCAGUGCCUCCAUGGAGUACAUCUUAGAGGCGUCUGAGGACACCAACUUCGGAUCCCUGAACCCAAACGAUGAUGAUGUGGAGUGUCCAACUGAGAGUCUGAUUGCAAACAAUCUUCUGAAUGAUCUGUGUGGAGAAACUGCUAAACUCAAGUCUUUAGGAGUCAUGAAUCAGGUGCCUGCUGACAGACUGGUGAAGCUGUUGACAGUACUACAGUGGAAUAUACGAGACGGAACCAAAGUCACACCUAUCGCUAACCAAGGCCAGGAUGAGGAUGAGGAGGAGCAGAGGCUGUGGAGGAGUCUCAUCAUGGAGCGAGUCCUGAGGAGCAUGAACUCGGUCCUCAUUGCCCUCCACAUCAUGACCUCACCAGACAUGCCCAAACAGGUGUACUUGGAGGACGUCAUUGAGAGGAUUAUACUGUACGGGAAAUUCCAGCUACAAAACACUAUCUUCCCAGAAUUUGAUCCAGUCUACAAAAUUGAUCCCAAAGCAAAGGAUGGUUUUCAUGGGAGUUUGAAGGCCAAGAGGGCCAGAGCUGCUCAAGUGAAGCACAAGUCUACCAUUAAUCUGUUCAACAAAAUCUCAGACAUGAUAGAGAAGCUGGCCGAGCUUGUGGACAUCCAGGAACUCACAGACACCACCAUCCUACAGUUAUCUACAUUAGGAGUGUCUCCUUUCUUUGUGGAAAACAUUAGCGAAAUGCAGCUGAAUUCUAUGAAGCUUGUGACCACGAUCUUCUCGAAGUAUGAGAAACAUCGUCAAUUAAUUCUGGAGGAUAUAUUUGCCAGUUUAGCGAGGUUACCAUCUAGUAAGAGAAAUCUUAGGAAUUACAGAUUGAACUCUGAGGAGUCCAUUCAGAUGGUGACAGCCCUGGCCCUUCAGCUGAUCCAGUGUGUCAUCAAACUGCCGACCUCGGCCACCCUCACAGAGCCAGUGGGGGAGGAGGAGGCUCCAUCAACCUCAUCCUCCUCAUCCAAGAAAGGCCACAAAUCUAAGCGUGGACAGAAUUCCAAUGAUGUUGUCAUUGUCACCUCCUUUGAGAAUGCUUUGAGGACAGGGUAUAAUUUUCUCACAGUGUUCUUGCAAAAAUGUACAGUGAAGAGUGAGGAGGACUACCGGCCCAUGUUUGAGAACUUUGUACAGGAUCUCCUGUCCACCGUCAACAAACCAGAGUGGCCCUCCUCGGAGCUCCUUCUUAGUCUGCUAGGCAAAAUUCUGGUGAAGCAGUUCAGCAAUAAAUCAGUGGACAUGUCUCUUAGGGUGGCCUCCCUUGAUUAUCUGGGCAUUGUGGCCUCUAGAUUACGGAAGGACGCCGUGUCUAGUCAAGACAACCAGGGCUCUAUUGAUGAAAUUAUCACAAAGGUAACUUCAAAAGAGAGUGAUGAAGAGGAGGAAAUGAAAUCCACAACUACAGGGCCUGAGGCUGAGGACCAGACACAGAUUCUUCAGAAGGCCAUGCUGGACUAUCUGGCAUUCAACAGUCAAAGUGAAUCAGCUUACUGGUAUGCCCACCUGUUCUAUAUAGCCCAGUGGUACAGAGAUGUUACUGUAGAAGCAGAUAACCUGUCCAGGCAGUCAAACAAACACAGAACCGAAGAAGAGGAGGAGAAGGUAGCAGAGGCAAUUCAGACUGCUGAACAGAAGAAAACAUUCCUGUUGGCGCAGUACGAGUCCAUCACAAAGAAUGCCUCCUACAGGCCACCUCACUCAAAGUUAGAUUAUGAUGGCGCUUGUCUCGUUGCAAGAUAUUUAUCAUCUAAAAGACCAUUUGCAAAAAGCUUUGAUGUGUACCUAACCCAGAUCUUGCGAGUUUUAAACGAGUCAGCUGUAGCUGUGAGGACCAAGGCCAUGAAGUGUCUGACUGCCGUAGUGGAAGCAGACCCAGGGAUCCUAGCCAGGGAGGACAUGCAGAAAGGCGUCCACUACCGCUUCCUGGAUUCCUCUACGUCGGUGCGAGAGGCGGCGGUGGAGUUGGUGGGGAGAUUUAUACUAAUCCGUCCAGAGCUCAUAUCUCAGUACUACGAGAUGCUCUCUGUCCGCAUACUGGACACAGGUAUCAGUGUUAGAAAGCGGGUCAUCAAAAUAUUUCGUGAUAUUUGUUUGGAACAACCAGAUUUUGACAAAAUUCCUGAAAUGUGUGUCAAAAUGAUCCGACGAGUUAAUGAUGAGGAGGGAAUCAAGAAACUGGUCAAUGAGGUAUUUCAAUCCAUGUGGUUUACGCCAAUCAGCAGCCGAGAAAAGGAUACCACCAAACUCUUAACAAGGGUGCUAAACAUAACAGACGUCGUUGCAGCAUGUAGGGAUACAGGAUUUGAAUUCUUUGAACAAAUGUUAGAAAAUUUACUUAAAAAAGACGAGGAUGGCAAUAUCAAUAAGAGUGCGCUGACGUCUUGUCGUCAGAUCGUGGACUGUCUGGUGGAGAACGUCCUCCGUCUGGAGGAAAGGAGUGUGGACUCCAACACGGGUAAGGGUUGCAGCCAGAGACUGGUGGCCUGUCUGUCCACUUUACAUCUCUUCAGCAAGAUCAAACCGGACCUGAUGGUGAAACAUGCCACCACACUACAGCCAUACUUAGACAUCAAGUGUAGUACUCAGGGUGACCACUUUGUUCUCCACUACGUGGCUCGGAUUUUAGAGAUGGUGGUCCCUCUGAUGGACCACCCCAGUGAGACGUUCCUGGCCCAGCUAGAGGAGGACAUGAUGAAGCUAAUCCUCAAACACGGAAUGAUGGUUGUUGAGAGCUGUAUCAGCUGUCUAGGUGCUGUUGUUAACUCUGUCAGCCACAACUACUCACUGGUCAAGGACUGCUUUGAGAAGUUCUUUGGUGUGCUAGUGAAGCUGUGCUACGAUCAUAAGGAGGACCCCGACAAUCCCCAGCUGAGAGCUCGGAAGCCCACACUGCUCCGCUCCCUCUUUACUGUGGGCCUGCUCUGUAAAUACUUUGAUCUGGACAGAGAUAUGCCAGACCCCUCAAUAGAGUCGAUCAAGGCGCGGGUAUUUGAAGUACUGAUGUACUUUGUUAACCAUGAGGAUGAAAUUGUCAAAGAGAAGGCACUGAGUGGUCUAGGUUUUAUGGUCAUACGUCACUAUGAGAUGAUGUUGGGUAAAGAGAUGACAGAUUUAUAUUAUGAAUAUCUGGAUAAUGAGGAUUCUCCCGACAAACUCAGAAUACAGGUAUUGAGAAAUCUUCAAAAUUACUUACUGGAAGAAGAAAUCAGGAUGCACAAAGCUGAUGCAGACUGGAGGAAGCAUGCAAAAGAGGAAGAUCUGAAGGAGAUGGGGGAUAUACAAUCAGGGAUGGCCAGCACCAUUAUGCAGGUGUACCUGAAGCACGUGCUGGACUCCUUCUUCCACUCCCACACUCAGGUGCGACUGGCGGCCAUACAGGUGGUGGUGCUUGUUCUACAGCAGGGACUGGUGCACCCUGUGCAGUGUGUUCCCUACCUGAUUAGUAUGUGUACUGAUACGGAGAAAGUCAUACGUGUGAAAGCAGAUCAACAGCUUCAGGAAAUAGACAAGAAAUAUCCAGGCUUUAUCCAUAUGAAAGCUUUACAAGGUCUGAAGAUGUCGUACAAACUGCAGCAGUUACUACAGGCCAACAGUAAGAGCUGUUUGAUCCGAGGUCACCGAGAAAGUGAAGGCAACACCAUCAGUCUCAACAACUUCCUGUACACCGUUUUACGGACCAACCGCUCUCAUCGCCGUGCCAUACUCCUCUCACUGCUUAAUCUCUUUGACGACUCAGCAAAAAUCUCACUAGCAGAACAGCUGUACAUAGCUGACAACCUAGCCUUCUUCCCCUACCAGACUCAGGACGAGCCCUUGUUUAUCAUCAACCAGAUCGACAUCAUUGUUUCUGUGUCCGGCUCCAACAUUCUCCAGUCCUUCAAAGAGCGUUUACGCUUGCCUAAGAGAGAAGCCGAAAGCAUGAACAUGUUGGUCAACGCUGAGGGUGGGAACCAGACAGAGAAUGGGGUGUUACCACGGCCGGCCAUUGAGGAGGAUGAGGAUGAAGAUGACCCAGACAAACUCAUAGCGAAGCUGCCAGCAGAUAUCAAACCUUUGUUGGAUAUUUGUUACCUAGCACAGGGCUGUAUUUUAUUGUUACACCUGAAGCACCACUUAAAAGAGACCUAUGGAUUUUCUGACAGCAAAAUUCACAACUAUUCUCAAUCGGAUGCAAAAACAUAUGAUAAACCAGUGCAGAGGAAAUUCAUAGUGACAUUUAAUCCUGAGACUGUGAUAAACUUGUUAAACAAUAAAACGAAAAAUAGGACUAUUAAGAAAAGGUCGCGGAAAUCACAUAAACGACACAGGAAUGAUUCAGGGGAGACUACUAGUGACAGCAGUGACUCGAGCGAGGAUGAACAAAACAGUGAUGACGCGGACGAGAGACGCAAGCUUAUUGAUGAUUAUUUAGAGUUUAAGGAUCUGAUGUUAAGUAUUGACCCUCCUGAUGAGGAGGAGGAGGGGGAGGAGAAUCGCAGCACCUGUCCUCAAACCCCCAACCCCGCCCAAGGGCAGACCACUCCAGGCAGCAAAUCACCACGACUACCAAAUCCAGAGGGAACAGGCGAAGAGUCGAUGGACACCACAGUGGAAGUUCACGAGGAGCCGUCAGAGAAAAGGGUCCCUCCACUCGUCAUUAGAACGGGUCAUAGUCACCACACCCCCAAGUCCUCGCGCCAUCAUCACCUCUUCGCCUCUGACAAAAAGAAAAUUCCAGUUCACGCAUCAUCAUCAUCUUCAACCUCUUCUUCCAAAAACUUAUCAAAAUCGUUUCCCAAGCCCGUACCCAGUAAAAAGAAACCAAAGAAGCGACGGAAACGAUAUGGCAGCGACAGUGAGGAUGACAGUAACGACAGUGAUUUUGUGUUAUAACGUGCGAGUUGGUGCUGAUGUGGUAUGGUAAAGCGGCAGUCCAGGGAUAGAAGUUGGUCCCUCCAUCCAAGAGAGAAAACUGUGUCAGAGGGAGAAAAACACGAGGCUGGUGCCAAACUGACUGAACCACUUGAUUGGUUGUGACAUACUGACAUUUUGUGUGCAAUAUCGGCUUUUAAGUGAACUGAAUAGUGAUUUUAAGUAGUCACUGUUGGUAUUCAGCAAUAAUACUUGUCAUACCACCAGAAGUAAAAACAAAUACAUCUAUGUGUAAUGGCAUUCUUCAUCAAAUUAAAUGUAUUUAAGGCCUGGAUUAAUUUUUCUCUCUCUAAAGAAAGAUCAAGAAUGGGGAAUUUGUAAAAGGAAAGUUGAAAUCUAAUUUUGUAACAUUAAGAUCAACUAUCCUUAAUAAAGUUGUAAAUGAUUUUUCAAAAAACAAUGGACUGGAAAAAUGAUUGAAAUUGUUGAUUGCUGCAUUUUGCAAUAGUAUGUUAGCAGACAGUAGUUUAUUCCAAAAAAUUGUUCCAUGUCAAUUUCUCUUGUAAAUUUGGUUCUUUUGUCACGGAGGUUUAUUUUAUGACCAGAUGUAAAAUCCUUAUGGCAAAAUUUUCUAUUAAAGGAGAAAAAAUUUUUUGAUUGUAUGUUUGCAUUUACUGUUUGUGAUAAAUUGAAAUUUUAGAUUUUUUCAGAGAAUAAAUUUUAGUACUUGAGUUUUAUUGCCUAUCCAUGGAGUUCCGUGAGUAGUAUGGUAAUGUUUGUGUUUUACAAGGAGAAGUGGUGACUUUUAAGCCGCACACUGCUGUCUUUUACCAGUCCUUUUACUUGUCAGCCAUUAUUUUUUUUACGUCUUUCUCAUCAGUUUCUCAGAUAUUUAUUUUCUAUUGUUCAUAUGUUGAUAGUCAUCUGUUCCACAUGUCAUCUUAUUUUUCAUACCAACUACAAAUUGAAAAUAUAUAAAUUUUGCAGAAUUAAAUUGGAAAACAUG